CCGCCAUUUUCAAAACAAUGAAUUUCUUGUCUUGACAUGUAAACAUAACAAUUUGUAUUAGUAUUCGGGCAUAAAUAUCCAUUAAGCCAGGCUAAAACAUACAAAUUGAGGACACCAACAGCCGUUUUAGAAAUGACGACCAAUGCCACCGGUCAAGCUCAGCAGAAAUUUACUAAUCUGCGUAGGAGGCUUGACCAACUUGGCUAUCGUCAACCAUUAGGAAUAGAAUCUUUACCUCUGGUAGAAAAAUUAUUUGCUGAUCUUAUUCAUACAACAGAAAGUCUAAAAAAUGCCAAAUUAGAAAAUGGAAAAAAACAAGUACAAACACAAGAAGUUGAUUCAGCAGUUGAACCAUAUAAGAGUGAUAAUGCUAAAUUAGUGAAAGAGAACAAUGAAAUUCAUCUUCAGCUUGUUAAACAUAAGGAAGAUGCUGACAGUUCUAUCAGAGAAUUCAAAGCUUUGUUAAGAAAGUAUGAACAUGAAAAUGCUGAUCUUAAAUUUCUCAACAAUCAAUAUGUACACAAAGUUAAAACAUUGGAAAAGGAAUCGAAAGAGAAAUCUGAUCGUAUUAUUCAACUACAGGAGAAAAACUUUCAUGCAGUUGUACAGACUCCAGGCGGAAGAAAGAAAACAAUCCCAUUCCGUCGACAGAGAAUGGAAAUUGACACACAGUUACCUCCCUCUGAUAUUUCCAAUAUCAGCAGCGUACCUCCGCAAGAAGAUCCAUAUGUUGCCGAUUUACUAAUGGUGGCUGACAAAAGAAUCGCAGAUUUAGAACUUGAGAUGAAAAAUCUGAGUGAUCAAAAAGAUGUAAUGGAUAGAAAAGUUCAGAACUUCCGACAACAGGUAUGA